AUGGCAACACCAAAAUGGGCUUCCAUAGCCUACUUGAUAUUGCUUAGCUGGGGAGUUACCUCUGCUCUUAGGGUUAUUACUGGCAAGGAAAAACAAAUGGUUGAUCAACCAGAGAAGUUUGUCUUAGGUGGACAAAUUGGAGGAGGGCUUGGUGGACAGAUUGGAGGAGGACUUGGUGGUGGACAGAUUGGAGGACUUGGUGGAGGUAUUAUUGGAGGUAGUAUUAGUUUCGGUCCAGGUUUUGGUAUUGGAGGUAGUAUUGAAGGUGGGAUUUCCAAUCUAGGUGGUGGUAGUAGCGAAGGUGAGGGUAACGGCGGUUGCCAAGGUCAUGGUGCUUGUAGUGGCCAAGGUGGUGGUAUUGGUGGUGGCCAAGGUGGUGGUAUUGGCGGUGGACUAGGUGGUGGUAUUGGCAGUGGCCUAGGUGGUGGUAUUGGUGGUGGCCAAGGUGGUGGGGUAGGUGGUGGUAUUGGCAGUGGCCAAGGAGGUAUUGGCGGCGGGGGAGGUGGUUGCAUUGGAGGUGGCCAAGGUGGUGGUAUUGGCGGUGGUAUUGGUGGUGGUGAAAGCGGUGGUGAAGGCAGUGGUGAAGACGGUGGUAAUUGCGGCAGCCAAGGUGGUGGUGGUGGCAGUGGCAGUGGUGAAGGCGGUGGUCCAGGCUUUGUCAUCCCAGGUUAUGGAACUCCAGGCUAUGGAAUUGGUGGUACUAAUGGCGCCCAAAUUGGUUCUGGUCUAUAUUGCACACCAAUUCAUUGCCCUGCUGCCACCUGCAAAGGAGUUCGUUUGUACUUUCAACAUGACGACCAGUCCAUGGAUGAUACCAAUGUCCACAAUAACCACCUCAAAGUAGACCAUGAGCCCAUGGAGGGAAGAAACAGCCAUGGAGAAAAUGGCAACCAUGUCAAUAAGAAAACACAUGAACAAUGGAAGAUGCCCACAGAUGAAACCAGCAGCAAUGCUGAAGGUGAAGGGCAACGAGAUCGCAGUAUGGAUGCCAUGGCCCCAGAAUCAGACUAG